GUGUCCCUGGAACUUGGAGAAGAAGUAGAAGAUGGAUAUGGGCGAAGAGGGUGGUGAAGGGAGCGCGAGGAGCAUCCAAGUACGGUUCGUGACGAAGUUGAAUGAACCCUUAAAAGUUCCAAACAUCGCCAUCGCCAUCCCCGCCGAUCUCACCAGAUUCGGCCUCUCUUCCGUCGUCAACGCUCUUCUCCAAGGCAAUGAUGCUGAUCAUGAACCGGAACCGUUUGAUUUUUUGAUUGAUGGCGAGUUCGUUCGCAUGUCGCUUGAGCAGUUCCUUCUGGCCAAAGGAGUCUCAGCGGAAAGGAUAUUGGAAAUUGAGUACACAAGGGUUGUGGCCCCACGAAAGGAGGAAGACCCUUCCCUACAUGAUGACUGGGUCAGUGCUGUUGAUGGUUCUUCUUCUCGGUUUUUUUUGACAGGAUGUUAUGAUGGUUUAGGGAGGGUAUGGAAAGGUGCUGGAUUAUGUACCCAUAUAUUGGAGGGGCAUAGCGAUGCUGUUACUUCUGUUAGUAUCAUAAAUCCAGAAGGUGUAGAAACUGUUACAUUAGCUACUGCUUCGAAAGACCGGACAUUGAGGCUAUGGAAGCUCAAUACAGAUGAGGCUAUCAACCAUCCUACGAGGGUUAGGGCUUUCAAAAUCUUGCGUGGUCAUAAGCUUUCUGUACAGUGUGUUGCUGUGCAGACAGCUGGAGAAAUGGUUUGUUCGGGUUCUUGGGAUUGCACCAUAAAUCUAUGGAAAACCAAUGACUUUAAUGCGGAAGAUGACCUUGUGUCCAAGAAGAGAAAAGUUGAAGGUCAUGUUGAGGAGUCUCAAUUAGAGGGAGAGGCUUUCACUACACUUGUGGGCCAUACACAGUGUGUAUCUUCUGUGGUUUGGCCGCAACGGGAGUCAAUCUAUUCUGCAUCCUGGGAUCAUUCUAUUAGGAAAUGGGAUGUUGAGACAGGCAAAAACUUGUCAGAUAUAUUCUGCGGGAAGGUUCUCAACUGCCUUGAUAUUGGUGGGGAAGGUUCUUCUCUGAUAGCUGCUGGUGGUUCUGAUCCUGUCCUUAGGAUUUGGGAUCCUCGUAAGCCAGGCACUUCUGCUCCUGUUUUUCAGUUUGCAUCUCAUACUUCUUGGAUUUCUGCUUGCAAAUGGCAUGAUAAUUCUUGGUUUCAUUUACUUUCUGCAUCCUACGAUGGAAAAGUUAUGUUAUGGGAUCUGAGAACUGCGUGGCCUAUUUCAGUCAUUGAAUCACACGGUGAUAAGGUACUGUGUGCUGACUGGUGGAAAAGUGACAGCGUUAUUAGUGGUGGAGUCGACUCAAAACUUUGCAUUUCUUCAGAAAUUCCUGUACAGUGAGGUAAACGUUAAUCGUAGUGUGGCUAUAAUUUUUGAGAUGGUGGGGUAGGAGUAGUAGAUAUUUCUUAUAUAUUGGGAACGAAUCAAGUUUUGAGCCAUUUUUUGUCUAAGGCCCAACUGGCAAGUGUUUAUCAUGUGUUGUGAGCAAAGCCUUGUUUAUGUAAACACUUAAAAUUUUGCAUAUCUUGAACUCAUUCUGCAUGCCAAAUUUUCAGACAUUUUACUUAUGUGUGGGGUAGAGUUUGUUCCUCAUUUGGGUUAUUUCUGGGAUAAAGAAAAAAAAGGGAAUUUUUGAUUGCAUCAGAAAUAAUUUUUUUUAAUAUAGUAUGGAGGAAAUAUCUUCUUAAUAGCUCGGAUAUUGUUAUUCGUGAUAUUGAUCCGAUUUGAUAUUGAUAGCAUGGAAACGUAAUUUAUUAUACCAUUGAA